AAUUUCUUAUGUUAGAAGAAAGGAUAGCAUUGGUAAUGAGUUCAGAUAACUAAUAUAACGGAAAUUUAUAUGUAGGAGGAUAUGAUUCUUUGAAAAUGGUACCAGAAAAAGGAAUUGGUGCUGUUUUAUCAGCAGUUUGGACAGGACAUUUUAAACCAGAUGAGAAGUUGAAAUAUCUUCUUAUUGAAGCAGAUGAUGCACCAACUUAUGAUAUGAGCAAACAUUUUGAGAAGGCAGUGAAAUUUAUUCAUGAAAGUCUUCAAACAACAAAUGUCUUAGUUCAUUGUGCUGCCGGAAUAUCGAGAUCAGUUUGCUUGAUAAUUGCAUAUAUGAUAAAAAUCCACAAAAUGAAGCCUUAGGAUGCUUUAACAAAAAUUAGACAGACAAGACCAUGGGCUGGACCCAAUGUGGGCUUUACAGAACAAUUGGAAAAGUAUUAUAAAGAAGUCAUGGAAGAAAAAUAAUGAUGAUGACUUUAU